CCCCUUUUAUAAGCUGUCUCUGCGCUGACGGACCCGAGAGGGGUGAAGUCUGCGUCUGCUGCAGCUUUCACAUGCAUGAGCCCGGUGCCAGGAUGGUGGCGUCGCACCCUUUGCCGGAGGGCUUCACCGAGUUUGAUGUGUUUUCGCUGGGAUCGUGUCUGCUGGUGGAAGGGCUGCUGGGCUUCUCGCUGAACGCGGUGACAAUCGUUGCUUUCCUCAAAGUCAGAGAGCUGAGGACCCCCAGCAAUUUCCUGGUGUUCAGUUUAGCCAUGGCUGACAUUGGCAUCUCCAUGAACGCCACUGUUGCAGCUUUCUCCAGCUUCCUGAGGUACUGGCCUUACGGCUCGGAAGGGUGCCAGACUCACGGUUUCCAUGGCUUCUUGACAGCUCUUGCCAGCCUCAACUUCAUAGCAGCCAUUGCCUGGGACAGAUAUCAUCAGUAUUGUACUAGGACGAAGCUGCGGUGGAGCAGUGCUAUCAGUCUGGUUGGUUUUGUUUGGGCAUUUGCUGCCUUCUGGGCAGCCAUGCCCCUCAUUGGCUGGGGAGAGUACGACUACGAGCCUCUCAGGACUUGCUGCACACUGGACUACAGCAAAGGAGACUGGAAUUAUGUGUCGUACUUGAUCCCAAUGAGCAUCUUCAGCCUGGGCAUUCAGACGUUUGUUGUCCUGACUUCUUACCAGUCCAUUGCGCAGAAGUUCAAAAAAACAGGAAACCCCGCGUUCAACCCCAGCAAUCCUCUGAAGGCGUUGUUGUUCUGCUGGGGUCCCUACGGCAUCCUGGCUUACUACGCUGCUGUGGAGAACGCCACCCUGCUGUCGCCUAAACUCAGGAUGAUCGCUCCCAUCCUGGCUAAGACUUCUCCCACCUUCAAUCCCUUCCUGUACGCUUUGGGGAAUGAGAACUACAGAGGAGGCAUUUGGCAGCUUCUUACCGGGGAAAAGAUUAAUGCACCUCAAACUGAGAAUAAAUCCAAAUAAACAAAGCAUACAGUUUAUGGUUUUGUCUGUGAGCAGCUGUAUGUGUUGUGUCUCGAGCAGUAAGAACCUCUUGUUUGCAUCUGUUUUCCUGUUGCCUUCACAGAACAUAUCAUAAAGCAACAUUGGGACUUGUAACUUUCAUGCUGCUAAGAAUGGGCUGAAGGAAAGUAGCCUGUUCAGAACAGUGCACAUCCAUUGUACUACUGUAUAUGAUGCACACUAACACAACAAAUGUGGCCUUUUUUCCAGUUUUAAUGUAAUAUUUACAAUUAAAUAAGAGUGACAUUCAUUUCGAUCUAAUUUUGGUUAUUGUUGAAAAUAAAUUGUGUCCAUGUUGUAUGUAUUUUAGGCAACAUCUUUGUUCUAAAAAUGUGACCAUCUGAACUCUUUCAUUCAAUUUUAUUAUUACAUCUUUAACCUGUUUUGGAUUUAUUUCUUUCAGACGAUCCAUGUGAUUGAAGGGGAAGUAUUUUUAUUUAAUCUAAUUACAUUUUGUCGUAAUGUCAGUACACGUGAGGGGCAGGGACCUGUCACUGAAAUGUGAAAGUGCACUAACCCCAGAUGAGUGAUUUCUGUAUCCUGAGUAAAACUGCCGUAAUGCUCUAAAGUGGACCGUUCUUCAAUAUACGGCCCUCAUGGCUAAUUUAAGAUUAAUCCAAGGCUUUAGAUUAACAGGAAACACUUCAUAACUUGACUUGCAGUCAAACAAGAAACCUAAGAAAUGGUCAUGGCUGUUUAUUUACCUGAACAAAUAUGAUGCUCUUUGUGGGUGAAUUUAGACUUCAUGAUUGUUUCUGGGUGUUAGAGAUCCAUUCUGAAAAGUGAUCAUCCUUUAUAUUGACUGUUUUGUGUAUCAACAAACAUGUUUUCAUAAUUUGUGAUUUUAACACAAAUGCCUGGCUUUGAGAAUGGGAGAGUUUAACAUUUCU